CACAUUUGACGGAAACACCGACCCAACAUGGCGAACCACCUUCGCUUCGUCGCUCGGACUGUCAUGGUCCAAAACGGCAAUGUCGACGCUGCUUACGGAGCUUUGAGCAGAGUUCUGUCCACUGAUGGAAUCAUUGAAUCCGUGAAGCGCAGGAGAUAUUUCGAGAAGCCCUGUCGCAAGCAAAUCAGAAAGAACCACGAGAACUGUAAGAGAAUCUACAACACUGAGAUGUCCCGCAAGAUUGCUUUCAUAGCAAAGGCACAAAGAGAAGAUCCGUGGCUUGGCUGUUAAGGUGAAAUAAACUGACUGUUGAUGUUGAAACAUGGAGGAGUCAUACGCCAAGAUCUGCUUGCGAACAUGAACAUUUGACCCAUUUUCAAUUUGGAUGUUAAAAUAUUGUUGAUUGAACAUGUUGACUGCAAAUUGUUGUGAAUUGUUAAUAAUAAAUAGCUGAAGAACGUU